UUCGUCAAUGGUCUAAAUCCAAACUAUGUUCUGCCAAACAGAAAAACCAUUUCAUCUUCUAUGAUACCAGCAGAAUAUGAGAUGUGUUUGAAUGCUGUUCGACAAGAAAUGCUAACAGUAUCAAAUGUUACUUUGACAACUGACACUUGGACCUCUUCAAACACAGAGAGUUAUAUGGCUCUAACUUCCCACCACAUUUCUAACGAUUUUGAAUUAAAAUCAAUUUUACUUGAGUGUUCUGUCAUCAGAUCUUCUCAUACAAGUGUAAACUUGGCGGUAGAAAUAGACAAAAUUGUAAAAAAAUUUCACCUUGAAGGCAAAAUCAUGAUCAUUGUCUCUGACAAUGCCAGUAAUAUUGUAGGGGCUAUAACUAAUGAACUAAAACUAAAACACUUCGGAUGUUUCGCCCAUACAAUUAAUUUAAUUUUGCAGGAUGCAUUGAAGGUUUGUCAGAGCUUAACAGAUCGCAUAAAAGCUAUAGUUUCUCAUUUUAAAAGAAGCACUAGUGCUACAGAGAAGCUAAGGGAAGUACAGAAAAAUUUGGGACUGGAACCCAAAAAACUAGUUCUACAAGUAGCUACAAGAUGGAACUCAACAUUUUAUAUGUUGCAAAGAAUUUCAGAGUUGAAGGAUGCUGUUAAAACGACAGUGGCUUUAAUCAAUAAAGAAAUUCCAGUGCUCACCGAAGAUGAAUGGAAGACUUGCUCCGAAUUGGUAAUGGUUCUGGAACCAUUUGAAGAAGUAACCAGAAAUAUCUCUGGGGAAAAUUACCUUACAGCUAGCCAAGUGAUUGGAUUUAUCAAUGGACUAGUUUCUGUCUGCAAUAAAAUGAGAAAAGAAACCCUAAGCGAAGUCUCCAAACGUGUAGUUGAUGAAUUGCUCAAAGGACUAAAAACCAGAUUUUCUAACAUUGAAAACAGCAAGACUAUAGCUUUGGCGACGUUGUUAGAUCCACGUUUCAAGCUUGCAGUAUUUUCAGAUGAAAAAUCAGCUGGAUCCAUAAAAACCUACUGCACUGAGCUCAUGUCAGCCAUAUGGAGCAAGAAGACAAGCACUUCUGUGACGUCUGUCAGUGGAAGUCAGGAAAAAGACGAUGGAAAUCAGCCUCUUACAAAACAGGCAAAGUUUUCUAUCUGGGCAGACCUUGAUAAGAUGAUAGCAUCCAAGAAACCGUCAGGUUCAAAGACAUCUGCUGCAAUUGUUGAAAUGAACCGUUAUUUAGACGAGGAAUGCAUCGGACGCUCAGAAAACCCACUACUGUGGUGGAAACAAAAUGAAGUUUUUUACCCUCUGUUGUCACAAGUUGUAAAAAAAACAUUUUUGUGCAGUGGCAACAUCGGUCCCCUGUGA